CACCAACUCGUCCGUAUCAAUCCAUCAUCAGCCGCAGUCUAUUGAGCGCUGCGUGCUGACGAUCGCAAUGAACACAAUGUUCUCUUCAAUCACGCGCCUCGCGCGCCCCGUCUUGGCCAAGUCUCUGGCUCAAUCGCCCAGGACAUUCACAACCCUCGUCCCUCUGCGACCUUCUCUAACCCCCAUGAACGGCGCAAUCCGAAGAAGUGUUCUCCCGUCAAGCUUCACUCCCUCAGUGGCCGCCUCAGCCGAUAUCGUGCCCUCAAGCGCCAUCACAGAACACCCCGCGUUGGGCGGCAUGCAAAUCCGCUGCGGACCCCGAAACACUAUGAACGGACACACCAGACUCGUGCAGAAGCGCAGACAUGGCUUCCUCGUCCGAAAGCGAAGCAAGACGGGCAGGAGGAUUCUACUCAGGAGGAAGAUCAAGGGCCGAAGGAACAUUGCCCAGUAGGCCACCCAUGCCUACUGAGACAUUUAGGAGGUUGGAUGACACGUCAAUGAAGUCGCAGCGGCAUAUGUACGAUACGGGAAAGGGGUAGAGGACGGUGGUUCUGGGGGAUCCAGAUGUCUCUCAGCCACCCUCGUGUGUUACGAAAUCUGUACAAAGACUACCAAAAAAAAACAAAAGAUCUUGCACACUA